CAUUGGGAAGCAAAGACAAAUCACCGACGUAGAGGGGAGGGGGAUAAAACCCCGGGGGAAUAGGGAAGGGAGGUGGCGAGAGUAGGCACCGAGCAGUCUCCAACCACUGGGGUGAGAAGCAGCGCGAUCUGGGGAAACGAACUCUCCAUAAAUAGAGUUCCGAGUCCAUUGCUUUUGGAGACUCGGAGCGCACCUCCCCAGCUUCGCCCGAGUGGAGAAAGGCAAAGCAGGGAAAGGGACAGGCGACGCGACCGAGAGUGACUGAGUUGGCGUGUGGGACUCUGCGCCAGGAGUCGCAGGAGCCUGAAGGAGAGCGGAGCUCGGCUCGCGACCAGCGCGGGUAGGAAGGUGCGCACCGCCAGAGGAGCCCAGGCCAGCAGAGGCGCAAAGAGAGUGGGUCUCCGCGGAGACCCAAGAGGCGCUGCAUGGACAGCAUGCGUUUCUCCGGGAACCCCGGGGCCGGGCCCGCGGGCAACUCUAGCCGGUGGUGGUCUCUGGCCGCCGGAGAUGCCAAUACCAGUCGGGGAGCCGAGGCGCAGGGGAAAGACGGCGACCCGCAGGCCGACAAGCGCAACGAAGAGCUGGCCAAACUGGAGAUCGCUGUGCUGGCUGUGAUUUUCGUGGUGGCGGUGGUGGGUAACAGCAGUGUGUUGCUGGCGCUGCACCGCACGCCUCGCAAGACGUCCCGCAUGCACCUCUUUAUCCGCCACCUCAGCCUGGCCGACCUGGCCGUCGCUUUCUUCCAGGUGCUGCCUCAGCUGUGCUGGGACAUCACCUAUCGUUUCCGCGGACCCGACGGGCUGUGCCGCGUGGUGAAGCACCUGCAGGUGUUCGGCAUGUUCGCAUCGGCUUAUAUGCUGGUGGUCAUGACCGCCGACCGAUACAUCGCUGUUUGCCAUCCGCUGAAGACGCUGCAGCAGCCGGCGCGCCGCGCGCGCCUCAUGAUCGCCGCCGCCUGGGUGCUGAGCUUCGUGCUGAGCAUUCCGCAGUACUUCGUCUUCUCCAUGGUCGAGGUGAGCAAUGUCACCAAGGCCUACGACUGCUGGGCCAACUUCAUCCAGCCCUGGGGUCUCCCCGCCUACGUGACCUGGAUGACUGGCGGCAUCUUCGUGGUGCCCGUGGUCAUCCUGGGCACCUGUUACGGCUUCAUCUGCUAUCACAUCUGGCGCAACGUCCGUGGAAAGACAGCGGCGCGCCAGGACAUGGGCACCCGGGGGGAGAGCGCGGGUGGCGCCUUCCACCGGGGGCUCCUGCUCCAGCCGUGUGUCAGCAGCGUGAAGACCAUUUCUCGCGCCAAGAUCCGCACGGUGAAGAUGACCUUCGUGAUCGUAACAGCUUACAUCGUUUGCUGGGCGCCCUUCUUCAUCAUCCAGAUGUGGUCUGUCUGGGAUGAGAAGUUCUCCUGGAUUGACUCGGAAAACCCAACCACCGCCAUCACUGCAUUAUUGGCUUCCUUGAAUAGCUGUUGCAAUCCCUGGAUAUAUAUGUUUUUUAGUGGCCAUCUCUUGCAAGACUGUGUUCAAAACUUCCCAUGCUGCCAAAACACGAAGCGAACAUUCAACAAAGAAGAUUCUGACAGUAUGAGCCGAAGACAAACUUCUUUUACUAACAGCCGAAGCCCAACAAACAGUAUGGGCCCAUGGAAGGACUCGCCUAAAUCUUCCAAGUCUAUUAAGUCCAUUCCGAUUUCAACCUGACCCAAUGAGUUCAUGCAACCUCACUCCUGUAAGGGACUUUUCAGCUCCUUGGCUGAAUCCAGUUAGAAAUUAUUAGAACAAAUGAACUUAUAUGAGAUACACAUACAUUGACUUGCUGCAUACAAGACUGUGUUUCUAGUUGCAUUUUUAUAUUGCUACAACCAAAAACUAUGAAUUGUUUUAUACGGAAUGUUAAUAAAAAUAUGCUACACUAAAAUCUGCAGGCCUAAUUCCCAGAAAUAACAGAAGUCAUAUUUAUAAAGGAAAAAUCACAAUCACUUAGCUUUAUAUUUUGCUGUAGCUUUCUUUUUUUUUUUUUUUUUUGAUAUGACUAAGGCUUGAUUGGUUUAGAAGUCAUAUAAUAUAGGGGCAUUAUUUCUGAACAAAAUGAGCUCAUCAUCAGGCUGAGGGUUUGAAGAAAAUUAGAGGAGACUUUGGAUAACUUAGUUUCUGGCCAGUAAGAUCAAUUUAUGUAUGUGAAAAAAAAUGCAGCCCCAAAAUGUGGCCUGUGAGUUCCUGUGUGGUACAGUGGGUUAAGGAUCUGUUGUUGUCACUGCAGCAUCUUGGGUCACUGCUAUGGCAUGGGUUUGAUCCCUGACCUAGGAACUUCCACAUACCCCAGAUGCAGCCAAAAUUAAAACCUCAGCCUGAUGAUGAGCUCACUGUGUUAAAAAUUAUGCCCCUACAUGAUAGGACUUCUAAACCAAUCAAGCCUUAGUCAUAUCAAAAAUAAAAAGAAACCUAUAGGAAAACAUAAAGCCAGGAGAUGGGAUGGUACCUUGGAGAGGCAUCAGUGCUUAAGGCAUACUGAGCAGGGGGUACCUGUUGCAGAGUGAAAAGUGGAAAGUUCUAUUAGAAACUAUAAAUCACUUACAUUCCAAAAUAUCAACUUCAGAACUAACUGUUCCCUCCUUUGGUUCCUCGUUUUUCAUUGGUUGUGAAAAGCAUGAUUACCAAGAUGCUGAAAGUUAGAGAAAAUGUUGUCAACUGGACGGUGAUAGCUUUUUUUUUCCUCUCCCACUUUAAGGUCAGAUUUGUGUGAGGAAUACCCUAUUUUACUAGAAAAGUAGAAAGGGUAGCUUGCUUCUAGAGGCUUUCUCUAGAACACUGUAAACAUGCUUUGACCAGUGUUAUAAGGUAUCCUGUACCAUGCUGGAUAUUAAUACCAUGUUUGGGGAAUUACUUCCUGUUGGGAAAUCCAGAUUCAUAGAAAUGAGUCUUCUAAAGAGUGACACAGGAUACUGAAUGUCCCUCGUAUUUAAUUAAAAAUAGCCUGGUCCUUCCUUCUGUUCUCCCACCCAUCUAAGAGUUUUGUGCUGGAAAAGAGGUAGGUUUGGGGGCAGGAUGAGGGCAGAGAGAUAGAAAGAAAACUGUUCUGCAUCUAGUAUGUGCAUAACAUCAGGCAAAUGACUUAAAAAUGUAAAGUCUCUAUUUCUUUGGCCAUAUAUGGUAUUGAUAACACCUUGCAGGGUUACUGUGAGGACUAAAUGAAAUCAAGUGUGUGAAAAUAUCUUCCUCAACUGUUUUAUGAAUGUUUUAUGAACUGUUUUAUGAAUGUUAGCUGUUGCUUUCAUAAUCACUUGGGGAUUCUUCGAAAUGACCUGGCUUCUUCCUGUCUACUUUUCAUGAAUCAGAAUGUGCUGGUUUCUUGUCUGGGACAUAAAAUCCUAAAAUUUAAAUAUAGCUCUGUUGAUUCAUUGGGAAGCAUUGCUGGCGGCCACUAAAGUCUAAAUGCUGCCUAACCAAAGCUUUCUAAUUUAAAGAGAGAACUGUUUUCCUUUGAAUGCAGGUAAAUUAAAGCCAGCCAAGGACAUCAGCUUCUUUCAUUUCUCAACAGAGAUAAAUUACAACAUUAUUUGGCUGCUGUUACUGCAUUUUUCAUUAAUGGAACUCAGUAGGGUUUUUUUUGAGCUAUUUUGUCUGGUUCCUUUUCCUUUUUAGAGACAUUGUAAUGGUUUGAGAUAACAUCAUAAAUAUUUUACAUCCCUUAGAGGAAGCAACAGAUAUUUUAACACUAUUAUUGUUUUGUUUUGUUUUUUAAACUUGGUAGAUAAGAAACUGAGCACAGAAUGGCACUGUGAGAACCUGGACCCAUCAAUCUCAUUCCUCUUCAUUCUCUUGUCUGUCCAAAUUCUCAUGUCUUUUACUCCCUGGAUUGAAAUGCCUAAAAAUAGGUUUACAAAUAUUUUAUAGAAAUUAAGUGCUUAGGUUUUAGAAUUCUGAUUUUUAUUCUAUUUUAUUUCGGGUUUUUUUUUUAAGAGUAUAGUUGAUUUACAGAGUUGUGUCAAUUUCUGCUGUACAGCAUAGUGACCUAGUCAUACAUAUGCAUAUACACUAUUUUUCUCAUAUUAUCUUCAUCAUGGUCUAGUCCAAGAGACUGGAUAGAGUUCCCUGUGCUGUACAGUAGGACCUCAUUGCUUAUCCAUUCUCAAUAUAAUAGUUUGCUGAUUGGAGUUGGCAGGUGCAAAGACUUCAACUUUUUCAAAACAGCGCAAAUAUGUCUCUUAAAGGGCACUGUCCAAUAUGAGCCAUUCAUUAAGUCUUUAUUAUUUGUCAUAGCAGCAUCUCAGUAUCUCUGCCCUUUUUAAUGUUGUCAGCCCUUUUUAAAACUAAAGCCCAUGAUUUUCUUUUCUGUGGAAAGGUUCAUUUGUGCCCUAUAUUAGAUUCCAGAUGUAAGUGAUAUCACAUGGUAUUGAGAUAUCACAUGAUAGUCUCUAGUUCCAUCCAUGUUGCUGUAAAUGGCAUUAUUUUGUUCUUUUUUAUGGCUGAGUAGGAUCCCAUUGUGUAUAUAUACCACAUCUUCCAAAUCCAAUCAUCUGUCAAUGGACAUUUGUGUUGUUUCCAUGUCUUGGCUAUUGUGAAUAGUGAGAAAAAAGAAUGUAUACAUGUAUGUGUAACUGGGUCACAAUGCUGUACAGAAGAAAAAAAUAAUAAUAAUGUAUUGAGGAAGUAAAAACUAAAGCCCUUUGUAUAGGAACAAGGAUGAGCCCACAUUUAUUCCAAAACAAUAACCUCAUGGUUCUUAUAUAGUUUCAAAAUAAUGACAUGUAUCUCCAGAAUGAAAAAAAAAAAAAAUCAGUUUGAAUCUUAUUUCUAGGAACAUCUCUCAAAUAAGGUGCCUAUAAACC